GCUUAGGAGCAUGCUGUCUGAGGGGAAUACUGAUCAGUCUGCCGUUACAGCACAGACCCAGACCACUGCGAGGAUGGGGGAGGAGACAAUGGUAAUGGAGGGAAAUUUCCCAAAGGAUCACAGUCAUAACCUGCCUGCCCAGGACAUCAGUCUGGUGAAGGGCCAAAAGAAGAGCCAGUUGCUGCUAGACCGUGGCCAGUGGGCCAACAAGCUAGAGUUCCUCUUGGCCGUGGCAGGCACCUUGGUGGGGCUGGGGAACUUGUGGAGGUUCCCAUAUCUGUGUUACAAAAAUGGAGGAGGUUUCAUUAUGAUCGUAGUGGGUGUAGUUGGUGACACUUUACAUUAAGGUGCAUUCCUGAUUCCCUAUGUUCUGUUCCUGCUCUCCUGUGGGAUCCCCAUGUUCCUCCUGGAGACGGCCAUGGGACAGUACACCUCGCAGGGCUGCAUCACCUGCUGGAGACACUUCUGCCCUCUCUUUGAAGGGAUUGGUUAUGCCACCCAGGUGGUCAUUGCGUAUGCUGCAGUGUCAUACAUCAUCAUCCAGGCCUGGGCCUUCUUCUACUUGUUCUCCUCCUUCAGUGCCGAGGUGCCAUGGGCCAGCUGCAGAAACCCAUGGAAUACAGAAUCUUGUGUAGAAUUUGACAAGAGGAAUCUGUCAGCUAACUGGACAGUCCCUGUGAAUGCAACUUCACCUGCGACAGAGUUCUGGGAGCGCAGGGUGUUGAGCAUAUCAACAGGGAUAGAACAGAUUGGUAGACUGCGGUGGGAGCUGGCUCUGUGUCUGCUGCUGGCCUGGAUACUCUGCUACUUCUGUGUCUGGAAAGGAGUGAAGUCUACUGGGAAGGUGGUGUAUUUCACAGCUACCUUUCCCUAUCUGAUGUUGAUCGUUCUAUUGGCUCGGGGACUCACGUUACCUGGAGCUAUUGAUGGGAUCAAGUUCUACCUCUACCCGGACCCUGCAAGACUGGUCGACCCACAGGUAUGGAUGGAUGCUGGAGCACAGGUGCUUUUCUCCUUUGGUAUCUGUCAAGGGAGUCUGACUGCACUGGGCAGCUACAAUCAUUAUAACAAUGAUUGCUAUAAGGACACGUUUGUGCUGUGUUUGGUGAAUGGAGGAUCAAGCUUCGUUGCUGGGUUUGCUAUCUUCUCUGUGUUGGGCUUCAUGUCAUAUGAACAGGGGCUGCCCAUAUCUGAAGUUGCAGCAUCAGGUCCUGGCCUGGCUUUCAUAGCCUAUCCUCGUGCCGUGGCCAUGAUGCCUUUACCUCAGUUGUGGUCCAUAUGUUUCUUCGUCAUGGUCAUCUUGCUGGGUGCUGACACACAGUUUGUCAGUCUGGAGUGCCUGAUGACCUCUGUGACAGACAUGUUCCCCACCGUGUUUCGAAGGGGGUACCGUCGAGAGCUGCUGCUGCUUUGUCUCUGCUCUGUCUGCUUCUUCCUGGGACUCCUUCUGGUCACAGAGGGAGGCUUAUAUUUUCUACAACUUUUUGACCAUUACGUGUGCAGUGGCAACAAUCUCCUUCUGCUCUCCGUCUGCCAGUCAAUAGCAAUCGGUUGGAUUUAUGGAGUGGAUCGUCUCUAUGACAACAUAGAAGAUAUGAUUGGGUAUCGUCCCUGGCCAGUGAUUAAGUACUGUUGGCUUUACGUCACCCCUACAGUCUGUUUGGGUACAUUCAUCUUUUCCUUGGUACAAUAUAAGCCCCUAAAGUUCAACAAAACCUAUUUGUACCCUGACUGGGCAUAUGCAUUGGGGUGGUUCCUGGGGCUCGCCUGUGUGGCUCUGGUGCCUCUGUGGAUGAUCUGGAAGGUCUAUCGGUCCAAAUUGACAGUCUGGCAGAGCCUAAAACAGCUAUGUCGCCCAGAAACCAACAAGGCCCUCAACCAGAAGCAGCAAACUCCUGAACAGUGCCCUCUGAACCCAGAUUCCAUUCUUAAUCUUGAGUACAAGGGAAGUGGUGUAGUUGAGCUAGAGAUGCACACAUGACAUCUUGCUAAUUUGAAAACAUGAUACAUAGUACUUUUGAUAUGAUAUUUUCAGUGCCCAAUUAAACAGUCCAUACAUAAGUAUUGUAUAUUUGAGGAAUAUAUGCAAAUAAAAAAUUGUAAUCA